UGUUACAUAUAUACGUGCUGAAGUAGACGGUAAUUGAUGAGGAAAAUUGAAGUAAUGUCAUUUGUAUUAAAAAUCGUUAGAAGCUGAUUGUUUUGGCUUUAUAUUAUUAGCAAGAUACUUAUACAUGUUAGACGAAUUUACAGGCUAAUGAGAUUGUUGUAAUCAUUUUAUCUUUAAAAUGGAACAGUUCCCAGAAUUUGUAGACUUACUGCUUGCAAGAAGAAAAGAUUGUGAUAGUUUAUGGGUUUCUCGACCUAUGAUUCCAUUGCUACCGCAUAAGCUUUCGCCAGAAUCCAAAUAUACCAGGAAACAAAUGAUUCAAGCUGUACUAAACAAUGAAAAAGUUAAGUCGACGAUAACAUCUUUAGCUGCAAUGUACAAACUAGACACAAAUAAAGUCAGAAAAGAAGCUCAUAUGAUGGUAAAUGAAAUGGCUGCUAAAGCACAUUUGGCUACCGUUCGUUGGUUAGGUAUAAUUAUUACAAAAGUUGUCAAGAGAAUCUUUUUGAGCAUUUAUAUAAAUGAAAGUGCAAUACACAGACUAAAAAAGGAAAUGCAGAUUUCUCAAGUACAAUACGUCUAUGCACCUUCUCAUAGAAGUUAUUUGGAUUUUAUAUUACUCUCGUACAUUUUAUUUUCCUAUGAUAUGGCACUUCCAAAUAUCGCAAGUGGAAUGGAUUUUUAUCAGAUGUUUAUAAUAGGAGAAUUAUUAAGGAAAACUGGAGCUUUUUAUAUGCGACGUAGCUUUUCUACGGAUUUAUUAUACAAAAAAGUAUUUCAAUCAUAUGUUAUGUCUCUUAUACAACACAGUGAUAGAGCGAUUGAAUUUUUUAUCGAAGGUACUCGAAGUAGAAGUUUAAAGAGUAUAGUACCAAAGUUUGGCCUUCUUUCGACCAUCUUAGAAAGUUUAUUAGAGGGUGGUGUACCUGAUAUACAUUUUAUACCUAUAAGUAUAAAUUAUGAGCGACCACCGGAAGAAUUAUUAUUUGUAUAUGAACUUCUUGGAGUGCCAAAACCAAAAGAAUCAACAACCGGUCUCCUUCGAUCUCUAUCCAUUUUACAAAAGCCUUAUGCUUAUGGUUGUGUCUAUUUUAGCAUUGGCGAACCUAUUUCUGCGUGUCAAUUUUUGAGUAUGGAGCAUCGUAAAGCAAGAGUAUUAUCACCAUAUACAAAAUUAUCGUCAUCCGUCAAUGAGAGAUUGGGCUAUUGUAUAAUAGAUUCGCACAAGAAAAAUACAAUUCUUAUGCCUUUCAAUGUAGUUGCUUUAUUAUUCAAUGAAAGAAGUCAAAUAUAUCCCGAUGAUCCAUACACAUUGGACGUUUUAGUCGAUGAUUAUUUGUGGUGUAAAAAUCUUUUACAUACAUUCGAUGCUACGAUACAUACAAACAGGCCAGUUGAUAUAAACAAUACAAAUACAAGUGAAAUAAAAGAAGAAAUAUUAAAUACUCUGAAGCCUCAUGAAGAAUUGCUUGUAUUUGACGAGUCAAAACUUUUAAAACUCAGAGGAAGACACAGAGCAACAAAGUUAAAGAAUAAUAUGUGUGUUAAAGGACAUACCUUGUCAGAAAAAACUAUGCAAAUAGCUGUAUCAGUUAUUAAUAUUUCACUUUAUUUAAAUCCUACUUUAUCUUUCCUUAUAAAGCCAGCUAUUGCCACAGUAUUAAUAGGAAUGAAAGGUGUUGAAAUCGGAGCUGCUUUCAAACGAUACAUACUGCUAAGAACAUUGCUUAGCACGGAAUUUGCAAUGCCUUUAAUAGAAGACGAAUCUGUAAUAAAAUCAGAAUGGAACGAGACAUUAAAUCUCUUAUUAAGUAAAAAUUAUAUAAGUAUUCAGAACAAUACAUAUAUACAAGGACAAAAUACAAAAGUAUUUUCACUUUUACAUAAUGUAAUCUUGCCAUUUAUAGAUGCAAUAUAUAUUACAUGUCUUGUCUUGUUUGAGUGGGAUGAAUCAAAAUCAAAUUACAUAACAAUAAAAGUAGUUUUAAUCGAAGCACAGAAGCGAGUAGAAAAAGCAUUCCGUGAAGGAAGUACAUGGGGAAAACAUCCAUAUACGUUAUCUCUUGAUUUAUUUAAUACGACAAUAAAUAAUCUUAUAGCACAAGGUAUUCUAGUACCAAAUGAAAGGCCAAAUACAUACCAGGCUGAUAAAAUUCGAUUGGAAUCAAUUCUUGUUCAAUUGCAAAGUCUCUCGUUAAAACGACCAGUGGGCUCGUAUUAUAACAUGAUAUUAUCUGCGUUACUACCAGCUGUGCAAGCUAAAUUGUAAAAUUAGCCUCUGUAAAAAGAAACCUUAGAAGCAUCUAGUAUUAUAAAUCAAAUUGAGCAAGCCAAGGAGUUCCUUGACUGUGAAAAUUUUUAAUGCAAUUAGUGUUAGAGUUUGUCUAGUUGUUAGAUGAUU